ACCGAGGCCGGAGCCGGAGCGGGGCCGGGGCCGGAGCCGGCACCCGAGAGGAGCUGGAGGCAGCCUCCCAGCGCGGACUCUCCAGGCCGUUGUGUUCUCGGGACCAGAGAGGGCGGCCGCCGGCCUCUUCAAGCGGCCUGGCCGACCCUGCGCCGGGAGCCCCUCGGUUUCUCUGCUUCGUGAGCCGGAUCUAGUUUUCUCGGCCUGUCUGAAAAGGGAGAACGUGGCUCGAGUUCCAGUCUGACGGCUUGUGCAUAGAUCACUUGUUUUUAAAUCACUGAAAAGCAGCCAUGAAGUUGAAAGAGAAAAAAUCGAGGCCAAAGCCACCAAACUAUGGCAGAAUUCAGAGGAAGGGCAUCAAAGUUGUGGGAAAAUGGAAGCAGGUGAAGAUUGACCCAAAUAUGUUUGCAGACGGACAGAUGGAUGACUUGGUGUGCUUUGAGGAACUGACGGAUUAUCAGUUGGUCUCCUCUGCGGAGAGUUCCUCCAGUCUCUUCUCAAAGGAGGAGCCCAAGAAGAGAAAGGCACAAGCCGUUUCAGAAGGAGAGGAGGAAGGAGAGUCUACCUCCUCAAAGAAAAAGAUGAAGUUGAAGAAGAGUAAAGAUGUGGAAACUGAAGGAACCGGUGCCCAGAAAGUGUUUCAGGGCAAAGCUACUGAUCCAGGGCCCCAGGGAGAUGACACAGUUUGUCCUGAUCCAGAGGUAGGGGAGAUGGCAUCAGAAAGCCUGGCCCAGACGGUUCCAAAAAAGAAGAACAAGAAAGGGAAAAAAACCUCAGAGCCUUCUCAGGGUACUACUCCAAAGGUGCCCAAAAAAGCAAAGACCUGGAUGCCUGAAAUGCAUGAUCACAAGGCAGAUGUAUCAGCUUGGAAGGAUCUGUUUGUACCCAAGCCAGUUCUCCGAGCGCUCAGCUUUCUAGGCUUCUCUGCCCCGACACCAGUCCAAGCUCUGACCUUGGCACCUGCCAUUCGUGACAAACUGGACAUCCUUGGGGCUGCUGAGACAGGAAGUGGGAAAACGCUUGCCUUUGCCAUUCCAAUGAUUCAUGCAGUGCUGCAGUGGCAGGUGAAGAAGAAGCCUAUCCCAGCUCUAAGUAACACAGGAGCACCACUUGGGGAGACCAGUAAUGAGGCUGGAGUUGAGACAGGAUCACCAGGCAGGGCUGGAACUGAGUCUGGAGCUUUGCCCGUUGAGAUUGGAAUUGAGGGUGAAGCACUGCCCAGUGAGGCUGGAGCGAAGGCUAGAGCAGCACCCAGCCAGGCAAGAGCCCAGAUUGGAGCUACAACCUCAAACCGGGCGCUGCCCUCCUGUGGUGAUGACGCUGAUGAUGCCGGUGAAGGACCUUCUUCCCUGAUCAGGGCGACGCCCGUUCCCAAACAGGAUGAAGGCAAGGAGGAGAAGCUUGAUGAAGAGCAGACUAGAAAGUCACAACAAGAAUUGGGCGGCAAAAUUGCACAUCCAAGGCGUCCUCUGCUUGGACUGGUUCUGACUCCCACUCGAGAGCUAGCCGUUCAAGUCAAACAACACAUUGACGCUGUGGCCAAGUUCACAAGCAUUAAAACUGCUAUUUUGGUUGGUGGAAUGUCCACACAGAAACAGCAGAGGAUGCUGAACCGUCAGCCUGAGAUUGUGGUUGCCACUCCAGGCCGGCUGUGGGAGCUAGUUAAAGAAAAGCACCCUCAUUUGAGCAACCUCCGGCAGCUCAGGUGCCUGGUGAUCGAUGAGGCUGACCGCAUGGUUGAGAAAGGCCACUUUGCUGAGCUCUCACAGCUGCUAGAGGUGCUCGGUGAUGCCCAGUACAACCCAAAGAGACAGACACUUGUUUUUUCGGCCACGCUGACCCUGGUACAUCAAGCUCCUGUUCGAAUCCUUCACAAGAAGCACGCUAAGAAAAUCGACAAAUCUGCCAAACUUGACCUCCUCAUGCAGAAGAUUGGCAUGAGGGGCAAGCCCAAGGUCAUCGACCUUACAAGAAAGGAGGCCACGGUAGAGACACUGACAGAGACCAAGAUCCAUUGUGAGACUGAUGAGAAAGACUUAUACCUGUACUACUUCCUGAUGCAGUACCCAGGCCGCACCUUAGUGUUUGCCAACAGUAUCUCCUGCAUCAAACGCCUCUCGGGGCUCCUCAAAGCCCUGGAUGUCAUGCCGCUGACCCUGCACGCCUGCAUGCACCAGAAGCAGAGGCUCAGAAACCUGGAGCAGUUUGCCCAUCUGCAGGAUUGUGUUCUCCUGGCGACAGAUGUGGCAGCUCGGGGCCUGGAUAUUCCUAAAGUCCAGCAUGUCAUCCAUUACCAGGUCCCUCGUACCUCGGAGAUUUAUGUCCACCGAAGCGGUCGAACUGCUCGUGCCACCAGUGAAGGCCUCAGCUUGAUGCUGGUUGGGCCUGAGGACGUGAUCAACUUUAAGAAGAUCUACAAAACCCUUAAGAAAGAUGAGGACAUCCCGCUGUUCCCUGUGCAGGCAAAGUAUAUGGAUGCAGUCAAGGAGCGAAUCCGUUUAGCUCGACAGGUUGAAAAAGCUGAGUAUCGCAACUUCCAGGCUUGUCUGCACAACUCUUGGAUUGAGCAGGCAGCGGCUGCCCUUGAGAUUGAGCUGGAAGAAGAAAUGUAUAUGGGAGGAAAAGUUGACCAGCAAGAAGAGCGUCGGCGACAAAAGCAGACGAAAGUCCUGAAGAAGGAGCUGCGCCAUUUACUCUCCCAACCGCUGUUUAAAGAUGGUCUGAAAACCAAGUAUCCCACUCAGUCUGGCAAGCUGCCCGAGCUCGUGUCCGCCCCAAGAAAUGGUGAGUCCGCGCUGAGCUGCCUCUCCAAACAGAAGAAGAAGAAAAAGAAGCAGCCGAAAGAGCAGCGGCAGGAACAGCCACAGCCAAGCACAAGUGCAGACUAACCGCCCCCCAGGUCAGAGCCUGCUGGGGCCUGCACAUUGUGUCUCUGUUCUCUGGUUGUAUGGAAAACCUUCCCGCCUUUGGCUUCACGCCACUGUCAGCCCCAGUUACAAAAAUCUCCCUCUUGCAUACCACCUCCCAUAGCAGGAGAGACCUCAUGCAGAUCUGUGUUGUUUCACAGUAAGAAUUCUAUGUAGCAGCUUAUAUAUUUCUGCAUUCCAGUGUUUACAGGCUUCUUGUAUGGUUAACUUGAUUUCCUCAAUUAAAAACAAUGGUCAGAACCA